UGUGACAGAUUUCCUCUCAACAAGCCAAAGAACGGAUUUGUUUACUGACUCAACUAAAUUAGAAAAACCAAAAAAAAAAAAAACAAAAAAAAAAAAAACAGAACCGGGUUUCUUGAAUCACUUUGGACUCCGACCCUUUUUGAGUAACUGGUCAUCAGUAGAUAAAAACCCGAUCCUAAUUACCCGCCCCAUAAAUCCUCCUAUCUCUCUCUCUCUCUCUCCCUUUCUCUCUCUCUCUGUGCAGUCUCGUUCGAGUGAAGAAUGGUGCGUAUGAAGAAGCCUGUGGCCGCCGAGAAGUCAAACCGGCGACUAAGCAAAGCGGAGCGGUCGUCGUACUUCGCGCGGAGAGAGGCGGCGAAGGUCUUGCGGUGCGUUCUCCAAGGUGACUCCCGCCGCCGUGCUGUCGGCUCCAUCAAGUCACUCGUUUACAGCCCCUCCGUCAGGAACAAGAAAGCCACCUUCGCUCUGGUGUGCCAAACCCUCAAGUAUCUUCCAAUUAUCAAAGAUGUUAUAGAGGCGUCAAGUAUAUUGAAUGGCAAGUGGAAGAGGCAAGGGGAAUUGAUGUACAUAAUCGCAUAUGACAUUCUAUUUGGCCAGGUAGAUUCAUUAGCUGGUGAUGCAGAAAAGUUUCUCUUGCUCAGAAAAGAUGCUCUACAGUCCGCUCUAGCUCGGUUUUUAGUGAGAAAGAGACUGAAAAAUGUCAGAGACUUGAUGGCUCUCUAUGAAAUUCCUGAUAUUUCCAAACCUCGUUAUGUUCGUGUAAAUACUCUGAAAUUGGAUAUUCAGUCUGCCUUACACGAAUUAGGGAAACAAAACACGGUUCACAAGGAUGAUGUGGUUCCUGACUUGUUGGUACUGCCACCUGGUACUGAUUUGCACAAUCAUCCUUUGGUUGUGAACGGAAGUGUCUUUAUGCAAGGCAAGGCAAGUUCCAUGGUUGCAGUAGCUCUUAGGCCCGAACCAGGAUGGGAGGUUCUUGAUGCAUGUGCCGCCCCCGGAAACAAAACGGUACAUCUUGCCGCUCUUAUGGGAGGAAAGGGAAAGAUUAUAGCUUGUGAACUUAAUGAGGAGAGGGUUAAACGGUUAGAAGGCACUAUCAAACUGGCUGGGGCUUCUAAUGUGGAAGUUCUGCAUGGAGACUUCUUGAACUUGAAUCCAAAAAAUGCUUCAUUCUCAAAGAUUCGUGCUAUACUUUUAGAUCCUUCGUGCUCUGGAUCGGGGACUGCUACAGAGAGACUGGAUCAUCUCCUCCCAUCUUAUAGUACAGGUAGUGCCGAUACGGCUGACAUAGAUCGACUGAAAAAGCUUGCUGGUUUUCAAAAGAAGGCUCUUGAGCAUGCAUUAUCUUUUCCAGCAGUGGAGAGAAUCGUUUACAGCACAUGCUCCAUCCACAAAAUAGAAAAUGAAGAUGUUGUCGAAUCUGUUUUACCUCUUGCAGCAUCCUAUGGUUUUCAAUUGGCAACACCCUUACCCCAGUGGCCCCGCCGUGGACUCCCCGUUUUUGAGGGAUCUCAACAUUUGCUUCGGACAGACCCGGUUGAGGAUAAAGAAGGCUUCUUCAUUGCGUUAUUCGUUAGGAAGAGCAUCGUCAAUCACUCACAAGUGUCAACAAGAAGUACCAGAAAGGCUACUAUAGUAGCUCUUGGCACAAAUAAACUUUCUAUUAGUAAGAAGAAACCUGUAAGCAAAAACAAGCUUUUAGUGUUUCUUCACUUCACGAAAAUGUCCAAAGUGUUGUUACAUUCACAGCUUGCCUUGCACAUACGCAGCAACAACAACAACAAAAGAUAAACAAAAUUCUAGUUUUGAUAUUUUAAUGCCGCAAUGUAUUAGAUCCUUUGAUCUCAUUGAUUGUUUUAUUUGAGUGAGAUUAUGCCU